UACAAAACUUAAACCUUAAAACAGAAUGAAACCUGAAUGACAUGUCUCCUUGUCGUUUGGUCUCCAGUGCUUGCUGUGUGCAUAACAGAGUGGGCCACCCUUAAAAAGCUGCAAGUGGAUCUGAAACUUAAGGUUAACGGUCACUUUCAAUUUUUUUUUUUUAUCAUUUGACUCAUCCACUCUUAGUUUAGACUCAUGCAAACAUCUUAAUUUUGUCACUUCAGUCUUUAAAGAAUCAUAAAACUGGACUAUAAUUUAAGGGAAAUUAAGUUUACUAUUAAUUUAUGUUGAAACAACUUUUAAGAUGUGUGCAGGAAUAUCAGAUCAGUGUUUUAAUUUGUCAAAUUUCCCAGUCAAUACAAUUGAUGAAAAUAUUUCUGUUUGUACUGAAACAAAUACCCCAGAUCACAGUGACAUGUCACUCUGAAGACAAAUUCAUGGCAGGAUGAUAAUUUACAAAAAUGUUAAUGAGAGGCAGGGGGGUUUAAUGGGGCGAUGCUUCACGGCCCCCCGCCUGGCUCAGCGCUCCCCCUCUGGAGAAAACCAGCCCGCCCAGUUGCGCUGAUGAAUUAAAGCCGUAACAUGACGUCAUGAGUUCAUCAGAGCAGCCAGGAGUUCGGAGCAUCUGGGUCUCCAGAUCAUUAGAAUGAAAUCCGUCGGCGCAUGCGCGUUGACAUCCAGGCUCAUGCUGGGGUGAAGCGCGAAGCUCCGAGGCGAAACCUGCGGCGCAGAGAGGAGCUCAUGCUCAGAAGGUGCAUCUCCAUUUGAAGAACGUCCUGGACUUUGACUCGAGCAGACGCUUCAGGGUUUGGACCAAGAAGAUGGGGCUUAAGGCUGAGGACAUGGCAUUUCACUCCAACAUCUCUGUGCCAAUGGAUAUAAUCGUGGCUGUGGUGUACUCCGUCUUUGGAGUAUGUUCUUUGCUUGGGAACAGCACAUUAUUGUACGUCUUGUAUAAGAAAAAACACCUCUUGAAACCUGCCGAGUGGUUCAUCAUCAACCUGGCAGUCAGUGACCUGGGCCUAACUCUGACACUUUACCCUAUGGCGAUAACCUCAAGUUUCUACCACAGGUGGUUGUAUGGAAGAACAGUGUGCUUCGUGUACGCGUUCUGCGGCAUGUUGUUUGGCCUCUGCAGUCUCACCACUCUGACCCUGCUGAGCAUGGUGUGCUUUGUGAAAGUCUGUUACCCUCUUUAUGGGAACAGGUUUAACUCUUUUCACGGCCGGCUGCUCAUUGCCUGCGCAUGGCUCUAUGCCCUGUUGUUUGCCUGCUCCCCUCUGGUUCACUGGGGAGAGUAUGGGCCAGAACCCUACGGAACCGCCUGCUGCAUUGACUGGCGCCUGUCCAACCAACAGGCCACAGCGCGCUCCUACACUGUGGCACUCUUCAUCUUCUGCUACAUCCUUCCGUGCUGCAUUAUUGUCGCGUCCUACAUGGGCAUUCUGGUCACCGUGCAAGCAUCCCGGAAAACCAUGGAGCAGCAUUCAUCCAGGGAGACGCACAUGAGCAGCAUUCAAACAAUUAUAGUUAAGCUAAGUGUGGCCGUCUGCAUCGGUUUCUUUGCUGCCUGGAGUCCCUACGCUAUGGUUUCCAUGUGGGCUGCCUUUGGACAAAUUGACAACAUCCCCCCACUUGCGUUUGCCGUGCCAGCCAUGUUCGCCAAGUCCUCCACCAUUUACAACCCAAUUAUCAACCUGCUGCUGAGACCCAAUUUCCGUAGGAUAAUGUGGAGAGAUGUGGGAGAACUUUACCAUAACUAUCUGAAGGGCUGCCUCUGGCCCAAGGGCCAAACUAAAUGCUGCAGAAAGAUAAACAUCAGGGUUGGACUUGGCACAACUCACCGACAAACCAGCCGCUUCCCUUCAUCCGUCUCUCCACCUAUAAUGACGAUAGAAGGUCAGAGCUGUCAGAGGUGUGAGGAUACGUUCACCUGCUUCAGACACUACCCAGCAAUGUGUGCUGGCAAUGGCAAGGCAGCUAACAGGGACCCAUCAGUGGAUCAAGAAACGCCAGUUUCGCAAAGGCAGAAGCAGACUAGUGAAGGAGAUUCCUCCAGGAAGUCCCUGAUGGCCACAGUAAGGACGACAGAAACAAACAACUUCCACAUUACCUUGGAGAUGAUUCCAAGGCCCAGCCAAGAGGCUUGGAACUGAUCAUGCGGACUGGAAAACAAUAUUAUAAGCUUCUUUAUUUUAAUUGUCAUUAUUCAUUUUGUAGAUUUUUUUCUGUCAAAUCUGCUCAUUUUUCUGCAAUAUUGUUUAAAAGUGUUAAAAAUGGGAAUGAAGGCACAAACUUUAUGCCCCAGCAACAUUUGCACUCUUUUUAAAAUAAAGUCAAGGUAACUUUGAGUUUUACUAGUUUUUUCCUAACAUAACUGUAUUUGAUCCAUUAAGAAAUGUAAUUAUCAAAGGAAAAAAGACUUUAAAAUACAGGAAAAUAUUAAACUGCAAAGUAAAAAUACGGAUACUAGUAAAUGCUUUUUCUUAAAAAAACAAUUAUUUUAUAUAAAAAUAAAAAAAACUUCUGUUUUCUCUUUUGCUGACAAGGUUUUCUUGAUCUUUCAUACCAACAGCAUGGUGUUGAUGAUAAAAAUGAGACGUUUUUCUUAAAAAACUGUUUGCAAUGACCUUCCGAUGGCCCCUUAGCCACCGUUUCCUCUUGAAAGCUGCAGAUCUGAAGCUGUUUCUUCAGUCACAUAAACAUCCAGAUUUUAAUUAUUUUUCCCACUUGUACACAUUUCAUGUCACUGUCUGGGACUUUAAGGGUUUAGUCAUCUCGUGCACUGAUUUUUUUUUUCUUAAUUAUUCAAGCUUUUGAGGGUCCUCAACUGUCUCUCCUAUCAUGAAACCUCAAAUAAGUCAUGAUGAGCAAAACAAAAAAUUUGACUUAUUUCACCUCCAGAUGAAUAAAAUAAAAAAACUGUUUUAUGUUGGCAGACAAGAAAAGAUUCUACAAAUCGAGCAAAUUCAGGAUGGGUUACGUACACACACAAAAAGGGAUUUGUUGGUCAAAUUGGUUAUUUAUUUUGUGGAACCUAAAAAAAAUUACCAAAAUUCUGAGUUUUUAAAGGUCUUUCAACUUGUAAAAUAAGAUACUAAAAA